GAACAAUUCGUGUAAAUUGCUCCAAUAAAAAUUUAUGUCGUUCAAUGUAAACUACUUUAAUACACAUCUUGCAUGAUUUGACGUUUCGAAAAGUUGCCUGCACCUUUUAAACGCAACCAUUAUUGCGAAUAUGGCGCGCGGUAGUAGUGCUGGUUUUGAUAGACAUAUUACAAUUUUUUCACCUGAAGGGCGGCUUUACCAAGUAGCUGACAGCAGAUCUCAAGUUCAACGUGCAAGAUAUGAAGCAGCUCAUUUUAAAUACAAAUAUGAGUAUGAAAUUCCUGUAGAUGCAUUAUGUAGACGUAUUGCAGACAUCAGUCAAGUAUAUACGCAAAAUGCAGAGAUGCGGCCUCUUGGAUGUUCUAUGAUGCUUAUUUCAUAUGACAAAGAAAAAGGCCCUUGUGUUUAUAAAGCUGAUCCUGCAGGAUAUUAUUGUGGUUAUAGAGCUAUUUCUGUUGGUGCUAAACAAACUGAAGCCAAUUCUUAUUUGGAAAAAAAGUUGAAGAAAAAACAAAACUAUGAUCAUGAUGAAACGAUACAGUUAGCAAUUACAUGUUUAUCUACUGUUUUAUCAGUGGAUUUUAAACCUUCAGAGAUAGAAGUUGGUGUUGUGUCAAAAGACAAUCCCAAAUUUCGAACUUUAACAGAACAAGAAAUUGAUAAGCAUCUUACUGCAAUUGCUGAGAAAGAUUAAUGAUUUUAUGUAUAAUUCAUUACAAAUAAAUGUCAUGUCUUACUUAGUACUGUUUCAUUUUUAUAUUUAAAAUAUAAGAAAAAGUAUAUUAUUAAGUUCAAAAUAUAAUUGUUAACACAAAUAAAUUAUACACAUUUGUAUUUAAUUAAACAAUUAAUUUCAAAGUUAUUGAAGUUAAAUUAAACAAUUUAUUUCAAAGUUUUUAUUUAUAAAAUAGUUACAAAAUAGUUGUUAUUUGUAAAAUUAUUUUCCUGAUGCUGUUGCUAAAGGAUUUCGUAGAACCAAAAUGACAGAAUCUCCUCUCAAAAACAUUUUUGAGAUAAAUCUGUCUUUAUUUACUGGCUUUGCCUUCUUUUUUCCUUUUCCAGUACGUGGAAGUUCAGUCCACAUUUCUUUCACAUUUUCUAAAACCAUGUUACAAUGUCUAUCAAAUGCUUUUACUCUUCCUAAUAAUUUUUUGUUAUUUCUGCAAUUAAUUAAAACUUGCGUAUUAUUUUUCACAGAUUGAGUUAAUACUGAAAGUGGCCCAGUGUUAAAUUCUUCUUCUUCUCGUUUUGCUAAUUCCUCAGGAGUCAUUUCAGACUUUGGCUUAGUUAAAGAAGACAUUUUGAUGAAUUUCUUCUACGAAUGAAAUUGAUAUUGAAAAUUUUUUUUAGAAACAGUAUACAAAUUAUGUAGUAACUGUAUUUAAAUUGAUCAACACGGCAAUACAACGCUUAGUUUACUUCUGAUCACCUUUGGGUUUGCAGUCCACUUUUAGUAUAGCUAUAUAGGUUAUAUUUCUUAAUUUUACCAGCAUGUAAAAAGAUUUCUUUCACUUUAGAGGUUAAAUCUAUGUACAUAUAAGCUAGUACAUUUUAAAGUAUAUUUGAAAAAAAUAACAAUAUGAAAACAGCUCGUCAGAAAAAAGCAAGGAGAAAUUUAGGUUUCUUUAUUAACAAUUUUAAAUUUAGAUCGCCGUUUCAAGUUCUUAUUGAUGGUACAUUUGCUUUCGCUGCAUUAGAGAAUAAGUUUAAUAUACAAGAUCAGUUGUCAAAAUAUUUUCAAUCUGAAAUAAAAUUAUUAACUACACCAUGUAUUAUUUUGGAAACAGAAAAAUUAAGUUCAUUUUCAAAAGCAGUUAGUGGUGCCAUGCAAAUUGUUAAGCAAUAUCCUAUACAUAAAUGUGGACAUGAAAAACAUUCAAUUAGUGGCACAAAAUGUUUACUAUCUAUGGUUGGAAAAAAUAAUGCAUUUAGGUAUAUAAUAGCUACACAAGACAGAGAACUUCAAGAUUGCUUAAGAAAAAUUCCAGGUGUUCCAAUAUUAUAUUUACAUGGUAAAGCACCAACUUUGGAAGCACCUUCACAAGUUAGUCGUGAAUAUGCUAAAAAUAUAUGUAAAAGAUUAGGAAUGACUAAAUGGGAAAAAGAAAAUAUUAAAGUAUUAAAAGAAGUAGCUGGAAUAACUGAUGGAACAGAAGUAAAAUUAAAAAAGAAAAAGAAAAAAAGUGGCCCAAAUCCUCUUAGUUGUUUGAAGAAAAAGAAAAAUAAAACACGAGUAGAAGUUUCAAGAAAUAUUAAAGAGAAAACAUCUGGAACAAUUAAGAAAAGAAAGAAAAUGAAAAUAACAACUCAUAUUAAAGAAGCAUUGAUUGCAGAAAUAAAGAAUAAACAGUUAGAAAACAAGAAAUAAGUUAAAUAAAUGCAUAAUUAAAGAAGCCUGUAUACAUAAUAUUCAUAUAAAUUUUGAACAUUUGUGUAAAUUUACUUUUAUUUAUGAUACACAUACUUCUUUUAGUUUACAAAAUUGAAAUAAUUAGAAUAAUUAUAUAAGAUGAAUUCAUUCAUAAAUAUAAAUAUAUGUACUUGUUUUUCUAGUAAAAUUGUUAUUUAUGAAUACAUAAAGUAUACAAAUAUGUUAUUUAUGCUUAUGUAAUAAAAAAUACUGAAAGUUGUAACUAAAAAAUCUCACAAUCAUGUACAUUGUAAAGUUGUUUUAACAAUUUUUAUACAAUAUUGUAUAAUAUUUGAUUUUACUCAUGAAUAUAUAUAAUUAUUCGUUACAUUUUGAAAUACUCUAGUCUUUAUAUUCCUUCACUAUGCAAGUAGUACUAAUGGUUACAUUUAAUAAGAAUAAGAAAAAUAAGUAAAUGGAAUCACAUUAUGAUUAAGUAAGAUGUAUAACACUAUAUAUAUAUUACAUCUUCAUUUCAAUAUUUAAUCAUAUAACAAGCACGACAUAAAUUUUGAACUAGGAACUUUUAUAUGUAGGAAACAUACAAAAAUAUAAAGGAAAUAUAAAUGCAUAUAAGUUGAACAUUAUUUACAUCCAUUUAAGAAUUAUAUAAAUUGGGAAUAUUGAAACUAUACAUUUGUUAUGAUAUGAAAUAAUACAUAAAUAAAAGAUGAAUUUUGAUUAUAUGUUCAUAUACGCGUUAUACAAAUUAUUAUUCAAUAAGGUGCAUUAAAAUUGUUUCAUAUAUUAAUUUAAUAUAUUAUAAAAUUUGAAAUACAAUUUAUUAAUUUUAAAAUGUUUAUUUUCUCAUAGUAAGAAAUAUAGAAUAUCUUGGUUUGUUACAUUACAGUUAGCAGCGUAUUGAGUAAGAGAAAAU